AAUGACCAGUAAAGCGUUCCUCGGAGUGGCCAGGACUCGCGGCCCCUCUGUGACGCAAUAUCCAUGGCGGAAGUGAUGUCUGAAGUCAGGCGAGGUCGGGCGGAGGAGAAGUGAGUCACGUGGCCUGUGCAAAGCGCCAGUGCCCGGCACGUGGGCUCGGGAUGGAGCCGCCGGGGGAGCAGCAGCAGCUUCGCAGCCUGCGGGAUUUCCUGCUGGUCUACAACAGGAUGACCGAGCUCUGCUUCCUGCGCUGCAUCUCCAACCUGAACUACCGGGCACUCACCAGGGAGGAGGAGGCCUGUCUAGAUGGCUGCGCUGGGAAGCUCGUCCACUCCAACCACCGCCUGAUGGGAGCCUACGUGCAGCUCAUGCCCUCCAUUGUGCAGCGCCGCAUCUCGGACUACGAGGCUGCUGCAGCCCAGGUGGCCCCAGGCUCCAGUCCGAAGGAGGUCCCCGGUGCUGCCCCUGCGCCCCUGCCAGCAGCGGUUGGCACAGAAACCCACCCUAACCAGCGGGUGGCUGCCAGUGCAGAGAGCACCCCAGACACCGUCAGCUAGUGCCCCACUGCCUCCCGGCGUUUCCUCGUCCCCCAUGGCUGCACCCUGGACUUGAGCUGGGUGUGAAACAGCCUCACCCUGGGCUGGGCCUCCUCCCAGCGCUGGAUCCAGCCGAGAUGGGCACUCGGGACUGGGCCGAUUAGUGCCGGCAUCACUACCCUAGAUGCAACUGCCAGCUGCAGCCCGGGCCUCCGGGCAGCGCCACCACGCGAGUUCCAGCAGCGUUUGGGCCAGGCCAGCCUGCCUAUCGGGCUCUGAGCAGCUGCUUGGGUCCGUUGCGACCAGGCUGUCUGGAGCAGCCUGGGGGGUGCCCUGCUGAGGGCUUGUUAGUCACCGCAGCUGCUCUGGGCUAGGCGCUCGUGCCCCAGGGCAGGGUUUUCUCUCUGUCCUGGAAGGCUAUUUCCUAUUAGCAGUAAAUCAGUGUCCUCUUGAUUCCCCGGGUGCGUGGGAUGCUUUGGGCAGGCCCCAGCCCGCUCACACAGCUGCUGGGAGGGUCUUCCCAGGGUGUCACUUGUUCCUGCCCUGAAGCUGUGUGUGUGUUGGGGGGCUCUGGUACUGCUUCUGUCCCUCGCUCUCAUGAUUCUCCAUGGACACACACACCCCGGUGGAGGGGGCAGCCCCACACCCUGAUCGUGCCCCUUAGCCACUCAGUCUUUGUUGCUCUAUUUCGACACUGAGUCACUAGGGUGAGCCCUGCCCCCUAGGGGCUGGGAGACGAGGGGCUCACUGUAAGGAGAGGGGCUCUGCCCCUGGCUCCCAUACGCCAGGUGAAUGGAGCUUGUGUGGCCCCACAGGAGUGAGGGGAGUGACUUGCAGCCUUGUGGGGAAGGCUCCUGUCUGCCUCCAUCCGCCAUCCCUGCUCCAGUCCCAUGUGCCAGUGCACGACGAUCCGAGGUGGAGCAUGGGGCUGUGGCACUUGGCACGCGUUGACAGGCUCUGCCCUGCUUUUAAACAGUGUCCUGGGAGUAACGCUCCACCCCGGGCAGGCCCCGCAGCCACAGCACCCCUGGACUGGGCCCAGGUAGACUCCUGCUCAGAGACCCCGCGCGGCCUCAGGAGCACAGCAAAUGACAAGCCGGCUGGGUCAGAACAAGGGCGUAGCGCCUGGGUGUGGUGUUAGGAAAGGUGGGCGCCACGGCCUGAAGCACCCUGCUCUGCUGAGAUCCAGCUUCUCUCGCGCUGGACAGCUGCAGCACCUGUCCCUGGGAGGAAAGCCUCUCCCGCUCCAGGGGCAGCCGUGCCAAGUGGAGUGCACGGAGCUGUACAUGGGUAAUAAAGAGAUUAACGCGAAGCUCCCACAUUUGUUCCAAGCUGCCCACAUGGCCCUCAGCUCUCGUUCAGCCAGCACACGUAUCCCCCUGCCAGCUGCUCCAGCCUGAGAAACAGCUGGCCUGGGUCUGGGCCUACUGGGGCAGGGGACUGGUUCACAUGCAGAUUCCAGCCGUGUCCCAGGCCCCUCUGAGGACCCCGAGCCUGGCAGCGAAACCUCCUGGAGCUCUGGCUCCAGACAGACCUUCCUGGGGGAACCAAACCCCUGACCCCCAGGGCUCUGGCCUUCCCCAGCCCCUGGUGAACAGUUUCAAGACAGGGAUCCGUGUCCCACUGCCAGUGGGCUCCCCUCUCUCUGGGUUUCCUGCUGGGUGCACUCCCCUGUCUCACCGGGCACUGCGCUGGACCUGCUACCCCUGCCCCCUCCGGGCACCACACUGGGCCUGAUUCCCCCCUUCUACUUCCCCAGGUGCUGCGCUGGGCC